CCUCACCUGUGCUCUCCGCCGCCGCCGCCGCCAGCAUCAUGCUCUCCGUCCGCCGCCCGCUCGCCCCGCUCGCCCCGCUCGCGGACCCGCAGCAGCUGAAGCUCUCGCCCCUGAAGGGGCUCAGCCUGGCGGACAAGGAGAACACGCCCCCGAGCCUCAGUGGCACCCGCGUGCUGGCCAGUAAGACCGCGCGGAGGAUCUUCCAGGAGCCGGCCGAGCCGAAAACGCAGGUCCCCGCCCCGGGCGCGCAGGAGGAGCCGCUGCUGCGAGAAAACCCCCGCCGCUUCGUGGUCUUCCCCAUCGAGUACCACGACAUCUGGCAGAUGUACAAGAAGGCCGAGGCCUCCUUUUGGACCGCCGAGGAGGUGGACCUCUCCAAGGACCUGCAGCACUGGGAGGCCCUGAAGCCGGAGGAGAGGUACUUCAUUUCGCACGUCCUGGCCUUCUUUGCGGCGAGCGAUGGCAUCGUCAAUGAGAACCUGGUGGAGCGGUUUAGCCAAGAAGUUCAGAUCACCGAGGCCCGCUGUUUCUACGGCUUCCAGAUCGCCAUGGAGAACAUCCACUCGGAGAUGUACAGCCUCCUCAUUGACACCUACAUCAAGGACCCCAAGGAACGGGAGUUCCUCUUCAACGCCAUCGAGACGAUGCCUUGCGUCAAGAAGAAGGCAGACUGGGCCUUGCGCUGGAUUGGGGACAAGGAGGCCACCUACGGAGAACGCGUGGUGGCGUUCGCCGCAGUGGAAGGGAUCUUCUUCUCCGGCUCUUUCGCGUCGAUCUUCUGGCUCAAGAAGCGAGGCCUGAUGCCUGGCCUCACGUUCUCCAACGAACUUAUUAGCAGAGAUGAGGGCUUGCACUGUGACUUCGCCUGCCUGAUGUUCAAGCACCUGCUGCACAAACCUGCGGAGCAGAGAGUGAAAGAGAUCAUCACCAACGCCGUUAGGAUCGAGCAGGAGUUCCUCACCGAGGCCCUGCCCGUGAAGCUCAUCGGGAUGAACUGCACGCUGAUGAAGCGCUACAUCGAGUUCGUGGCCGACAGGCUCCUGCUGGAGCUGGGUUUCAGCAAGGUUUUCCGAGUAGAAAACCCAUUCGACUUCAUGGAGAACAUCUCGCUGGAGGGGAAGACGAACUUCUUCGAGAAGCGGGUGGGCGAGUACCAGAGGAUGGGCGUGAUGUCGAGUCCGACGGAGAACUCUUUCACCCUGGACGCCGACUUCUGAACGAACUGAAGGUCCGCUCUCAGCCUGUUGAUAUGUACAUAUUUUUUUUACCUUUUCAAAAAUUAGUGCCUUUAGUUCUUAUCAACUAGCUGAACAUGAGCAUUCAUUAAUGACAUCUUUACAACUAGCUACCCCAGCAUGAGCCGAUGUGAUGAUGGCCUCAGCUAGAGGGCGACCGUAGACAAAGCUCCGCGGAGCCUCUGAAAGCUCCCGUCCCUGUCUGACCGGCAGGCGGGCGGCCGGGACCUCUCCGUAGCUCCGAGCAGCUCUGUGGGGACAUGGCGGUCUGGUCUGCAGGCUAAGCAUUCAGUUCCGACCACACGGCCCUGGGAACCUGCAGCCUCGCUGCUUCCAAGCAGAUUGUAAAGUUUACUUAUUUGUACAUAAAAUUGGCACUUUACCUACCAGUAAGCCAAGUUUGUACUGCCCGCUUCAAGGCCUUACAUGGCUGGACUUGAGCUGGCAUACCAGGCACAAAGCAUUCUGUUGGCCCCUCUGGGGGCCACUCAUCUCACCAGUGACCCAGAGAAGUUAAACUCACCUGAGUGUGUUUCUAUUUUUGUUUGCUUUAAUGAAUUGAGGUGCUUUUUUUUUUUUUUUUAAAUCAACUUUAACGUCAAUCCUGUGCCUACCUGAGCAUGAGCCAGCUGUCGCCACAUAGGAGCUGGGCUGUGUUUUGCAUUCUGUAGCCCAGGCCCAGCAUCUGGGGUAGAGAGAGAGGGGAGGGGACUCCUAACUCGGUCACUGGGCCCUGCAGUGUGGUCGGUGCUGACUGUGGGCACCUGGCUGGGGGGGGUGGCGCUCUAUCAUUCACUUCUCAAACCUCAAGGUGCUUUUUCCCGACUUUAGUGAAUGUGGACAAUCCUCGAAGACUUCCAGCUGGGGUCUAGGAUAGGACUGUAAAUUGGUUUUCAAAUUGCCCUCUGACGGUGACCUGCUAAGAUCAUGCGCCGACGAAGUGGGAAAACCAGGGCUGAAGUCAGCUUUCCAAAAAUGGUUUUUCCAAAAAUUGUUUGUUUGAGAAGCAAGUACCAACCAGUAGACAUACACCAGUCCUUUGGCCCAUGUGUUAGCGUGUGGGGUGUCAGUUGACCAUUGACCUGUACCAUCGUCGGUUUUCACCAUUUAUUGUAUCAAUCGUCCACUUGACAAAUUUAUGUCACAGGCGACCCUUUCAUAGCUUUUAAGUUAUUGUUUACUGAAGUUCAUCCGAUUCUGUGCUCCUCGUGUGUGUAACAAAAAUAAAUAAACUUGGCCAUGAGCUGUCUGCACAGGA